GCGGAGCCGUCGGUAGCUGUAGUGUAAACACUUAACCGUUAGCCUCUGUAGCUAACAUUUUGGAAAAAAUUGGGCUUACAGUGAGUGGGUUUGCACGCGGAAUGGCUUCCCUCCUCUCCCUUUCCUCCCUGCGUCUCCUCGUCCCGCCUCUCCGCCUGCUAACAGCGGCGAUGUGGCAGGUCGCACGGCACGAAAUGGUGAGGCAUUAUGGGAUGCUGGAGGACUUUGUUUCCCUGGUGACUGAGGCUGUCCCGCAACUGCUGACGGACAGACAGAGGUGUCUGCUGCUGCUGGCUCUGAGGGCAAAGGUCACGUUGUCAGAACCAAAAUCAGCUGCCAUCCAUUCCCACCUAGACAGGAUCCACUCUGAGGCAACGCAGCUGGAUGAAGACGUAAGCGAAUGCUGGUCUGCUUUGUUGACGCUCACCGACAAAUUGACAAAGAGUCCAGACAAUUCUCAACGCCUCCUACAGGAGGUGUUUGACCAGAGGUUUGACUCCGCCCUGCAGUCCCUCAUAUCUGACUUCCUGUCCAGGAUCGAGCAGCUCUUUCCUGUUCCCGACUUCAAACAGGCUGCCUCCUGGUUUGAUGCUGCCCCCUCUGGGCUGGAGGACUGUCUGCAGAAGGCGGACAAGGAUGAUCUGAGGGAGCUGCUGACCAAUCAGAGCUGUUUACAGGGACAGGCACUGGCGACAGUGGGUUGUGAUACAGAGGAGACCCUCCUGUCUGUGUGGUCCCACCCCCUUUUCACUAAACUGAUCAAUCCCAACCCUUCUCCACCUGAAACGGAGAUCCAAUCAGAUGUGCUACCUGAGGUUAGUAGCCCCUUGCAGCUGGACGUGGAGCUGGUGAAGGUGGAGGUGGUGGUGAUAACAGAGGACGAGCAGGAAGAGAUCGAGGAGACUGUGAUUGGUUCAGAGCUGGAGGCGUCCAAUGAGAGCUCGGCAGCAGUCGGCAAUGAAUGUGUAGUCACACCUGUGGUUGUGGAGGUGGGCAGGUUGAGGGACUCAUGUGGAAACAUUGUCAACCAAUCAGAAGACACAGAUCUCUCCUGCUCAGAGGUCACAGCUAAUGGUCUGCACAGCAUUUCCCACAAUUCCCAGCGUGUGGCUCACAAGUGUCCUCAGUGUGGCAAAUGUUUCAUCUACCGCUCACAGGUGAUCCGACACCUACGCACUAACAGGUCCUGCGGUUCGGCCUUAACGACAUCUGUGCUCGAACAGACUCAACCUGGCGGCGCUGACAAAGAGCCCUGCCUCCCGCAGAAUAGGCCCCCUCCCCGACCCGUCAGGUCUCUGUCCUGCUUCCAGUGCAACGCUAUGUUCAAGACCAAAGCCGAGCUGCUGUCGCACCAGCGCACACACCGGGCACGCCCCAUCUACCACUGCAUCCAGUGCGACAAGGAGUUCCACCAUCUAUCCAGCCUGACCAAUCACAGGCAGACACACCUGGACAAGGGAGGUUUCACCUGCAGCCGGUGUAACAAGGUGUUCGAGUCGGCCAAGGAGAGGGACGCCCAUCGGCUGCAGCACCGGCUGCCCGACCUCACCUGCACGAUGUGUGAUCAGACGUUCAGCUCACAGACGCGGCUGCUGCGACACCUGCAGACGCACUCGGUGGAGGGGGCGAAGCUCCGCUACAACUGCCGCUUCUGUGACCAGACCUUCUCAGGGGUGACCCAGCUUCGUAUCCACCAGCGCACACACACCUUCCGCACGUACCAGUGUGACCUGUGCAGCAAGACGUACGGCUCGCUCACUGGCCUGCAGUCCCACCGGGCGACCCACACCGCUGAGAGCCGCUUCCUGUGCUCGCAGUGCGGCAAGCGCUUCAAGACCCGCGAUGGCCUGGAGGGCCACCUGAGGACACACACUGGGGAGCGGCCCUUCCGCUGCCCCUACUGCUCCAAAGACUUCACCGCGCUCGCUGGCCUCAACGUGCACGUGCGGCGGCACACCGGGGAGCGGCCGUACGUGUGCACGGUGUGCGGUAAAGGCUGGCCGUCCGGCGGUGACCUGCAGAAACACAUGAGGACGCACACGGGCGAGCGGCCCUAUGUCUGCCAGGACUGCGGGAAGGCCUUCUCCAUUUCCUGUCACCUGACUGAACACCGGAGGAUACACACAGGAGAGAAGCCGUUCUCGUGUCCGGAGUGCGGGAAAUGUUUACGGAGGAAGUUUGAUCUGAAGAAACACAUGUUGUCCCACAGCAACAUCCGUCCCUACGCCUGCACCUUCUGCACCAAGAGCUACACCCGCAAAACUCACCUGAACAGACACCUGCUCACACACCGGACUGCCGACAGCGAGGUGGUAGCGGUGCAGGUGGUCGAGGAACCCUGAAGAUGUGCUUAAAUCAGAACUGUGCGCAUUGUACGAGUUUCAUGCGUUCAUUCCUGCAGUGAGUGAAUCGAUCGCAGAUUCACGAGUGGACUUGUGGUGAUGCAGUUUGAGGUGGGAGCAGAUGAUCUGCGUGGAUCUGAUUUACAGGCAAAACUAACAGCUGGAAACAACAGAAAGCAGUUCUGCAACUUCAGCUGAUGAAGCGAGUUUUAUCAUUAAUUCACGAAUCAAAGAAACUUUAUUUUGAAUGUUUAUGGAUAUUUUAUUUGUAUUUUUUUAACACUUAAAACAUAUUUUACUGAUGUGUUUUUAUUGACAUGCUCUCAUUUACGUUUUUCUUACAUUCAAACAUUUUUGUUUUACUAUAAAUGGAAAAAAUCUUCCAAUGUAUGAAAAAUGUAAAUGACAACGCAAUCGACUGCUCACCUGAAUACACAAGGUCAAAAAUCAAUUAAAGUUGAAAACACAUAAGUAUUAUUUCAUAAGUAUUAAUUAAUUAUUUAAAAACAGUAAUUAGGUAAUCAUGCUCAAGAUUUAUAGAAAUAAUAAUAAAUAAAUACAAAUUAAUAACAAUGAGCAUAAUAAAUAUUUUACGUAACAUUUAUUUGUAAUAUUUUGUGAAUGACAUGAAAUAUAAAAGUAAAUGUUUCACUCUUAAGUCUCGACUAAGUUAGCAAAAAUGUCAGUAAUGUAUAAAUAAAUAAUGGAGUAUAAAUUUUUUUAAUGUUUAAAAAGGUAAAUAUAAAAUAUAUGGAACAUAGUAAAUUUUUAACAUUGCAGGUGAAAACUUGAUUCAUUCAAAUUCAGUAUUGAUAAAGUAAAUUUUCUGGUCUCUCAUUUUGUAUUGAAACUAAAUUUCACUCAGUUUCCAGCUGUUGGUCAAAAAACGUCAGAUUUUUCUAAAGUUUUACAAAGAAAAUUCAAAUAUUUGCCGCUCAGUUCACAGCUGCAUCACCGCAAGCUUUACUGAUGAGCAGCGGAGCUGAAUACGCUGCCCUGUUAGUGGAGUAAGUCCAGGGUCUGUUGCUUCAGGUGCUGUUGGUAGUAAAUAUAAUGAAUGACUGUUUUCUUGUACAGUGACACGUUACAUUACUACAUCACUAAUCUGUUACUUUCACAUUGGUGGGAAGCGCUUACACUAAUAGGAUAAUAAAAGGCCAUAUUUUUUCAUGAUUUUGACUUAAAAAGAUGUUAAAUUCUUAUUUUUGGUGAUCUUAAACGUGACCCGGUGAACAUUGCAGACCCCGAGGUCGACUGGAGCACGUUAAUGUUUACUCUGCUGUUAAACAAAGUGUUUAAUCGAUUUGUGUCACUGACUCUGUUUACAUGUACAAAAAUUGUUCCAGCCUUUGUCCUUAAUCUGAAAUAUACACCAAAC